CGCGGCGGGGCGGAAGUGGCGGCUCCGACCAUGGACAGCAGUGAUGACAUUGAAGAUGUGUCUCUCUUUGAUGCAGAUGAUGAUGUAUCCAGGAGAUCCAAAAAGUCAAAAAUAAGGCACCCAGUGGCAUCAUUUUUCCACUUGUUCUUCCGAGUCAGUGCCAUCGUUGUUUAUCUGCUCUGUGAGCUUUUAACCAGCAGCUUCAUUGCCUGCAUGGUGACCAUCAUCCUCCUGCUGUCCUGUGACUUUUGGGCUGUAAAGAACGUCACAGGGCGGCUCAUGGUUGGCCUUCGCUGGUGGAACCAGGUGGAUGAUGAUGGCAGAAGUCACUGGGUGUUUGAAGCCAGGAAGGUAUCAGCACAGGGGGGUAAAAGCUCCUCUGAAGCAGAGUCCCGGAUUUUCUGGCUAGGCCUGAUCACCUGCCCUAUGAUCUGGGUGAUCUUUGCCUUCAGUGCUCUCUUCUCUUUCAAAGUGAAGUGGUUGGCCGUGGUGGUGAUGGGGGUGGUGCUGCAGGGAGCCAACCUCUAUGGCUACAUCAGGUGUAAAGUUGGCAGCAGGAAGAACCUGACCAGCAUUGCAACCAGCUACCUGGGGAAGCAGUUCCUGCGGCAGACUGUUGCUACAGAGGACCAAGCAGCAUCCUGAGUGUAGUGGGAGCCUCCAGCCAGGCUGCAUUCCCAGCAGUGACCAACAGAGAAGCUUGCUCUGACCAGUUUGGGAGCUGCACACAAGGUGUGAAUCAAAAGAAGUAAAUAAAUCGUGCAAGACUGGAGGUUAAUACUCCUGGCAACUUAUAUUCCAUUUUCCACUAGCAGUUUGUGUUUAAGUCCUCUCUUUAGUUUGAUUAACAAGAAUUAAUUUGCUUAAACUUUAAAUUAAAAGAUAGCCUAAGUGGGUUUCAUACAGGUUAGAACUACUGGAUGAGUUAAGAUUGCUGGAGAUUCUUCAGAAGAGCCAUGUACAGGCUGAGCCCUGGGAACUCUCCUGCUCCUUCAGCACUUGGUGCCUGGGUACUUUCAGUUGUGCACAGCUUUUGCUCUUGGAGGUUGUUGCUGCUUCUGUUACAGUUUUGGGAGUGAUUUUUUUGGCCCUGCAUCCUUCACUGUGACUGGAAUGGUGCUGAGUGGUUGCAGUGAGGGGUGUCUGAAGGAAAUGGAGCUGCUGGGAAGAUCUCUGAAGUCUCAUGGCAGCUGCAGAAGGUGACCUGUGAGCAGGCCCUGGUUUUCUGAAGCAUUCACAGAGCUGGGGAAUGUCCCAAAGCCCUGGAUCUGUGGCAAUCUCUGCAGGCCCACGGAGAGAGUGGCAAGGGUAGAACCAGUUUCCAGGGAAGGCUGCACUCCUGUUCCAGCCAGGGGCUGUGAGAGCCCCCUUGUCUGCCUGGCCUGUCCCUGCAGCCCUGGGGUGUCCUGGCAGGGCCCUGGGGCUGUUCCUGGGGCGAGCAGCAGUUCCCAGGCAUGCUGGGGCUGUUUCCCUCCUGCAGCCCGUGCUGUGCUGUCCCCAGGGUGAGCUGGGGGAGGCCCUGUGGGGCGGUGGCUGGCAGUGCUCUGGGGGGUGGCAGUGGUGUGUUCUGGCUCUCCUCUGCACAGGGGUCACUUCCUUCUCGGGGCUUCUGGCCCUGGAGCUUGUGCUUCCACAGCAGCAGGUACUGGGUGUUCUGGCUGAGGAAUUGUAAAUGCAGAAUGUGGUUUCUGUUUGACUCCUGGGUGCUGUGAAUUGUGGGGUUGGAUUAACCUGGUUCCUCUCCCCGUGCUCUGCAGUACUGGCAGCUGUACAUUUGUUUAGAUCUUUGGAUUGAUACCUUCCUUUUGUAAAUACAUAUUUGUAAAAUCUUGAAAUUAAAAUACUGCUUUGUUUAACCA